AUGGCUGUUUUUAAUCGUUUUCUUCCAGAUAAGAACACAGUUAUAGGUAAUGGAGUCAGUGGUGAGGCCAUCGAGACUAGCAAUGAUGACGACUUUCCGUAUCUCCCAGCGGUUGGAGGCUCGGACUCGAACGCGCACACUUGCCGGGAUCUGGUAAGGCCAAAUUUGCAGUCCCACAAUUUGGUACCACGAGAUGCCGAUAACGCCCCUGCACCCAUCACAGCACUCUCUGGUGAAGAUUGCCGAGUUGAAUCUGUUCGCCAGGAUCCAGAAGACAUUUUAACUACACGCAAAUCCUUGCAUCGGCUCAAUCGAGGCUGUUGUUCACAAGGCCGGAGUAAAAGAGUCCCGGAGGAGGUGUUUCUGGUAAGCGCAAGAGGAUGA